CGAAGCUGAAGAUAGCCACUUCUGCCGGAUUAUAGCCUGAAGAGUCCCUGCGUAUCAAGUGGUUUACGCUCUGUGCCUGUCCUGGGACACGCCGAUGCACGAUAGCUACUUCUACGGUUAGGGUAGCUUUGAGCGCUAGUCGCUUCUUAACUGUAUUCGCCUUACUUGAAUGUGUUAAGCACAAUUCGAUCUCUCUACGGAGUGGGUAUUGAGUGGUGCACGCGAUAAAGACGCGGCAGCAGCUUGAGCCAUCGGCAUGUCGCGAUCAAAACGCAGCAGGGCUAAGGGCAGGCAUCGAAACCGCAUAAAUCCGAGCCAAGGAGGCGCGGAAGGCGAUGCCAGGAUACCUCUUUUGAGCUCCGUUGGGACCAUGCCCGAGCGAUCCAGCAAUUUCAUAUGUGACUCACCAAAACAAAUAGGAUCUCACCAGUCGUCUCAAAUUGCCGAAGCAUCAUCUCUUAAAGUCCUAGGACUGAAAUUGGCUGCCGACAAAGAGAAGUUACCCAUGCCGGUUAGGUCCGCCAGUGAUGGACCGAAGGUGGUCAGCGGGGACGGCUACGACUCCCUCCUAGAGGGUCUGACAGGAAGAGACUUGCAGACCGCUAAGCUUGUCGUCCAAGCGCUGAGGGAUCCCGAGGACCUCUCCCGCCUGCGCCGGCUGGCCGUCACCCAUGGCUUCGUGAACGACCGCAUCCGAGCAGUGGUGUGGCCCCGCCUGCUGGGCAUCCACCCACCCGCAGGAGGCAGCGCAGGCGGGGGCACCAGCCUGCUCGCCCUAGGCCAGCCACCCGCUCGGCCACCCGCCUCCUCCUCACCUCGCCCCUCCUCCUCCCGCCCCGCCGGCUCCACUCUGCCACCCGCCCCCAGCACCCAUAUCGCCCCUGCCGCCACCGCACCGCCGCCCCUCCGAGCCGUGUCGCACCCGGCUUCAGCUCCGCCGGCGUCCCCCUCCUCAACCAGCCGAACGGGAGGCGAGGUGGCGAGCCAAG